AUGAGGCCCAAGAAGCGAAUCCAGCGGCAGCAAGCUUCUCUUCUCCCUCUUCUCACUCUCCAUGUCCAAACUCAUUACCCUCCCUCCUUCACCAUUCUGGGACCCGCAUAUAAUCUCAAUAUGCACAGCAAUAUGGCUUCUUCCAGACUUUCUCUCAACAAGCGAAACAAACAUCGCGUUUACGUCGGCCUCUACCACCGGGGUGAUCUAUCCCUUCCCAAUAACGACCGCCAGCUCAGCCCGACCUACCACUGGGGAAUUCUUAUGUCUCCCAAGUCUCCUCGAGGCUCCGAUUCGCAUACCUUCGAUGUAAAUGACGGUGAUUUGUUGGAUGGGGUCAACAGAGUGGAUCGCAACCCGGCCAGGAACUGGCACUUACGCCACAAGAAAACAUCAACCCACUUGAGACUGGGCGCUUACUUGUUCAUAUCAUGA